AUGCGUCUCCAAUCAUUAACCGCUUUGACCCUUCUGCAAGCCCUCCCAGCAACCACAACCCAACUCUUCAACUUCACCAACUACGUCGACAUCGAAAAUAGCCAACUCCGACCAAACGGCCACCUCCUCCUAACAACCUUCAACAAAGCCCAACUCUACACCCUAAACCCUUACUCCCCAACACCCCAAGCAGAGCUCAUCGCCGCCCUCCCAGGCGCAACAGCCCUGACAGGCAUCGCCCAAAUCGCGUACGACAGAUACGCCGUCGUAGGCGGCGUCCGCGGGUCGUACCACUAUGACAACGAGACGCUGUACGCAGUCGAUCUGAACGGCGUGCCGCGCGUUGAUAUCAUCGCGCGCAUCCCGGACGCCGAGAUGCUGAAUGGCAUGGCGGCUUUGCCGUGGCGGCCGGAUGUCGUUUUGAUUGCGGAUUCGCGGCUGGGACGGAUUUUCCGCGUCGAUACGAGGACAGGGGUGGUGGAGGUUGUGUUUGAAGAUCAGGCGCUGGCUGCGCCUGCUAAUGCUACGCUGCCGAUUGGGAUAAAUGGGUUGCAGGUUUUUGGGGAGUUUGUUUUUUUCACUAAUAGUGCGCGCAAUACUUUUGCUAGGAUACCGGUUAGUGGGGAUGGGAGGGUGUUUGGGAGUGUUGAGGUUGUUGCAAAGUUGGAUGCUGCUGCUGGUGGGGAUGAUUGGGAUGAUUUUGCUUUUGAUGGGGAGGGUAAUGCGUAUGUUGCGCAGCCGGGUAAUGCAAUUGCUAGGAUUGGGGUUGAUGGAAUACAGAGUAUUGUUGCUGGGGGUGGUGAUAGUUUGGAUAUUAUUGGACCUACUUCUGUGCAGAUUGCUCCCGGUGGGAAGUGGGCUUAUGUUACUACUCGGGGUGGUGAAGAGAAUGGUUAUACUUACAGUGGUCAGGUGGUUGCUGUUCGGAUUUAG